GCACAUACGGUGACGCUAAAUAGACACGGACAUUGCGGGCACCCACACACACACCGUCAACGGAUUCUUCCGAGUCCGAUGCCGACACUCUCUGAUCGACGACACCAACUCCGAUUUCGCCUCGAACCGACUCCUCCCGACACCGAUCCAUCGACGAUUCCAAUUUCGACACUGUGUCACACACCGUCAACGAUUCCGACUCCGCUGCCACACCGACACCGACACUAACACACACAUCGGCACCGAGCCACACCGACAACGACACACCGACACCGACAACGCCACCGACACCGGCAACGUCAACGACAAAACGCCGACCGGCGGCGACCAUCGUCCGUUCGAACGUCUGCAGUUGCAGUCAGUCACGGUGCUUACGCUCGAGCACGCGACAGCCUGUUCGCGGGGGAUUCCCAGAGAGAGAGUCUCCCUUGUGGACGCGGAUCGGUCCCGCGUUAUCGUUUCUCUAUCGUGUGUGUGUCCCUGGUGCGAGGCGCACACGUCGGGCCCAGUGAGUCACAGACACCUCUCGCAGCGAGCGUUUAUAUUCCACGGGAGAUUAUUAUUACACGCUUCCUCUCGACAGGAGAGAACCUAGAGAGAGCAUAUUCGUGUGGACUAGGUGUUGCGCGCUCGCGAGUUUCUCUCCGCACUUUUACAAGUGAUAUACGGAACAGUGUGAGAGGCGUUCGUGGGAUAAGGAUAUGGUGACAAGGAACGAAACCGAGCGCAUGGAGUGCAGCUUUUCGGAUCGCCGCGGCCUGACAGCAGAAACCGAUCGGGACGCAUCGAGCAAAGAAUAAACGGAACGACCAGAGAGAGCUGCCGGCGACGAAUAUACUCGAGAUAAACUGUGACUUCGAUCGAAGUGUAGAAAAGAAUUUGUGAGAGAAAGAACACAAGAUACAGGCAAAUUCGUCGUCAUUCAACGAUCCGAACAGAAGUGCAGGGUGGAGGAUGUGAAAUCGUUGUUGUUGCGACCGAGGUACGUUUACGCGUUCGUCGUGAAACGGUGACACGGAGGGGGGGGGAUUUUACAUGCGUCAUCGUUGUGCGGAUACAAAUCGUACGCGACGAAUCGUUUCGGCAGCAGUACACGUGCGUAACGACAAGCUCGAUUGGUCCUGCGGAACACGAGGCUUCGAUCCCCCAUCCAAGGACGCUCGGUAAUAAAUGCGGUACCGGAGAUGACGUCGUACGUGUUCUCCAAAAUGGCUCUCCGAAAUACUCGGCUGCUUCUGUUCUUGGCGUGCCUUGCCGCCCCGUCCUACGGUGUACCAGUGACAGAGGAGUCUGAGGAGACCACCACAGUUAAGCCUCUCAAUAGUAAUUUGACUGCUGAUCCUGAGGUUCAAGGUUACUUAAUAGACGAUGCUCUGUCGGGAACGAAGACGCCACCGAUUCCAGUGUUAUUCGUCGAUGUUCCGCUCCAUACAGAAACAGAGCUCGGUUCGUCGAUACUUCUGGCAUGCAGAACCGCUAAUCCUGUGGCCCAGUGCCAAUGGUCCUGGCAGUCAUCACCGCCGAUUCAUCUGCCGCUACCGGAUAUCAGUGAAAGUCUGCCAAGCUCGACAACCAUCGCAGCCUCGGUGAUUCAGACGACAACUACGCCGACUACCAAUCCGUUGCCGGUACGACAAUUUCCUGCCUUCGGGAACAAUAGCAACGACUGUUCCGUAAGAUUCUCGAGUACGAAGCACGAGCAGACCGGAUACUGGACCUGCGCUGCAAGAACUUCCACGAAUGAUCCUUUCACCAGUACAGAACCUGCCAAGCUAAGCAUCGUCAAUGAGAAUCAGGGUCUUCAGAUGGCAUUUGCAAAAUACGAUAACAUUGUCGAGGUACCGGCAGAAUCCUCGGCGCAAAUAAUGUGUCAGAUGAGGUCACCCGUCCGCGAGUGUCAAUGGUCCUGGCGGCAGUUAAACCAAUCGCAACCGUGGAAUCUCGAGGUGAAACGAUUCUCAGCUUUUGGUAACGACAGCACAGACUGUAGUAUCAAGUUCAAGAAUGUAUUGCCAGGACAAGAAGGAUACUGGACAUGCGGCGCCAGGGUCGAUCCGAAUUCCUCAUUCACGCAAUCAAAUCCCAUUCGACUUCUCAUAUCAGGAGUCGAGUUCGUCCAACUGUCCAGAGGAAUUCAAGUAGCACCCGGUGAGUCAGUGCUGCUCAGAUGCCUGGUGAACAAGCCAGUGGUUCAAUGCGCGUGGUCUUGGAAGGCUACGAAUUCCAGCCAAGAACCUUUGUUAGUGAAGGAAUUUAGUCCGAACAAAGACGCCGAUCACGACUGUUCCGUACGAUUUAAAAACAUUCUGUACGAAGAAGAGGGCUUAUGGACCUGCGGUGUCCGGUUAUCGCCCGAAGGAAUUGUGCAUGGGGCGCCCCCGGCGACCGUCAGCAUACUGCCUACAGCGAAAGUUAGCUUCGUUGAAAUGCCGUCGGACACUUCUGCGCCGAUUGGGACGGAGGUUUCGUUGAAAUGCAUAACGAGCAGUCGCGUCGAGAAAUGUACGUGGACCUGGAAACCGCUUCACGGGGACGAUCCAGAAGCCGUGGCACAGGAAUUCCCGAGUAAUGGCGACCUUGGUAGAGAUUGUUCGCUCACCAUACCACGCGUGUACACCGAAAAACAGGGUCAGUGGGCUUGCCAGGUGUCGAUCAGUUCCCUGAACACAGUACUGUCCACCCCUUAUGCCAAACUCACCGUCUUCGAACAAGACGAGGUGAAAUUCUCGGAGCUCUCGCAGGACAUACAAAUAUCGUCCGGCGGUUCCGUCCUCCUCCGAUGCGUGACCUCGUCGAUGGUGGAACAGUGUCGAUGGUCCCUGACGCCGGUGAACUCGAACACCACGGUGGUCGUGAAACAGUUCCCCGCGUUCGGGACCGAGGCGCGAGACUGCAGCGUCCGAUUAAGCCACGCCCUCGCGGAACAGGAAGGACUGUGGACCUGCGGCGCCAGGAUACGCGGCAGACAAAACUACACGGACGCGCCGCCAGCGAAGCUGAGCCUCCUGGAACCAGAACCGGUGACAAUGGCAGUGUGGGCUGUGCCCCAUCAAAUGGUCACGCUAGCAUGCAAAGUGGAAACUGUGCUAUCGGAAGUGCAAUGCCACUGGAUUUAUGCGUCGAAGAUUCAUAUUUAUCAAAAUAUGAGUGGAAAUAGAAGACACAAUAUUCGAAUGAACUAUGGUACAGGACUGUGCACGUUAGAAUUUAAGCCCGAUCAAUCCGAUUUGGGACUUUGGACGUGCAAGUUCACUGUACCUAACGAAUACGGCGAUGCGGAAUUGGGCAGCGCGUCUGUCGUUGUGCUAAAUAGUUUAGGUGAUGAGAGGCUGGGAUGGAUAGUAGGCACCUUAACUGCUGUGAUUUUGUUUCUGAUGAUUAUUGUAGUUGUCUUAGUGGUCUGUAAAGCGCGUCUAUUUGUCUGGAAGUCGACACGUAUUUUGGAAACCAUACCUCCAUCGGAGAAAAAACGUAUCUCACGAAUAAACGAGGAACGCUAUUCGGUGAAUCCAACAAAAACUCCUGCUGUACGAAUUAAUGAUAAUGAUCUAGAUACACAAAAUGUAUCGAGUAUUGAUAACAUUAUACCCAACAGAAGUCCCCAUUUAUAUGAAAAAGUUACUAAAUAUAGAAACCCAUCUAAAGUAUAUGAAAAUAUUCAAAUGUAAAUGAUAAACUUCUCAGUGUUACAAAGAAUAAGAAUUAUCUUAUUGUGUAAAUAAAAUUUUAACAAAAUA